AAAAAAGAAUCAUUUUUUUUACAUUCUGUGCAUACGAGCGUCAAAAAGUUUAAAAAUACUCUUCAUUCAUUAUCAUUUAUAUUACUAUAAGAAAGUAAUUAGGCAUAUAACAGUUUCAGUUAACCUAUAACACAAAAAAUUGUCACCCUUACCCUCAAACCAGGUGGAACUCGAUUUACACAUUACUCAAAUCGAUCAAGAUUCAUCGAAAAAUUCUAAUUGAACUAUUUCAACAGAAACAUCGUCUAGAUAUAACGUUGAAACAAAGAAAUCAACCGGCUUCAUUCGAACUGACUAGUGAUAAUUAUAAUACGAUUGGUAUGAUGUUAUACGUAUUACGACCAUUUAAAGCAGCGACAAAACUAAUAAGCGGCUCAUCAUAUCCCACAGUUGGUUUAACUUUGUAUGCAAUUCGUAAAAUUCAAAAUUUUCUUGAGAAAACUGCUGAUGACGAGAACAAUGAAAAUGAUGAACUUUUGGCCCAAAUGAAAACACGAUUACUGGGACGUUUGAAACAUUAUACCAUCGACGACAAGGCACAAUUCAAACGCCUAUCCGUAAGCUGA